AAAUGCCACCUUUUCUCAACCUCUUCACUUAUUUCCCUCCAAUCGCUUCUGGAAACUUCUCUUGCAGUGGAAAAAUUGUCAAUGGAGGAGGACACGGUAAACCGCCAUGAAUACAUGGCCGGCAUUCUUCCCCAAAUGAAUCUGGGCUUCCAAUCACAGUCGGACGAUGGCCAUUCUCAACGGCAGGAUCUCGAGUCAGUGGUCACCGGAGCAUUGGAGGAAGCCCAACGAUGUCCGGCGAACUUGAAUGCCAUCGACCCUUGGAUUGAUCCUGAACUGCCGCUUCAUCAUGCAUUUCAUAAUCCUUCCGGCGAUCCAUCGACGGAGAGUGCUGGCUCGACCGCCUUGGGUGCCCUCAAGGGCUUAAAUGGUAGUGUGAUGGCGCCUCUCAUUCCCACGACUGAGAUGGCUGAAGCGGUGGUAGCGCCGUCCAUUGGAAGUGAAGCAGUGCGGGAAGCAGAUUGUGUGCCGGUCGGAGAUAGAUCGGAAUUUACAGCGGCAACAAAGCUUCAGAAGGUUUACAGGAGUUAUCGUACUCGGCGGAGACUUGCGGACUCUGCUGUACUUGCAGAAGAGCUCUGGUGGCAAGCGCUUGAUUUCGCUCGCUUGAAUCACAGCACGAUUUCGUUUUUCAACUAUUCGAAACCAGAAACUGCGGUCUCGCGUUGGAACCGCGUAAGCAUGAUUGCUUCGAAGGUUGGUCAGGGGUUAUCCAAGGAUAGCAAAGCUCUAAAGCUGGCUUUUCAGCACUGGAUUGAAGCUAUUGAUCCAAGACAUCGCUAUGGGCACAAUCUUCAUUUUUACUAUGAAAAGUGGUGUGAUAGUUAUGCUGGUCAACCCUUCUUUUACUGGUUGGAUCUUGGUGAUGGAAAAAAUGUAGACCUCAAGGAAUGCCCAAGGGCAUUGCUUCGACAACAAUGCAUAAAAUAUUUGGGCCCUCAAGAGCGCGAGCACUAUGAAUAUGUGCCAGCUGAUGGAAAAAUUGUGCACAAGCAAACAGCUGAACCACUUGAUACAACGAAGGGGCCCGAGGGAGCAAAAUGGAUAUUUGUAAUGUCUACUUCAAGGAGAUUGUAUGCUGGAGUGAAACAGAGGGGGGUGUUUCAACAUUCAAGUUUCCUCGCAGGAGGGAGUACUGUAAUAGCUGGAAGAUUCACGGCAAGGGGUGGAUUUCUCCGAGCUAUUUGGGCAUACAGUGGGCAUUACAAGCCAUCUGAUGAGAACCUUAAACAAUUUCUGAACUACCUCAACGAAAAUGGCAUUGAUAUAACUAAAGUCGAGAUGCGCUCUCCGUCAACUGAAGACUAUGAAGAAAACAAAACGUCCGAAGGAGAAGCUAAUAAUUUGCUUGAUGUCUACUCUCUUUCUAAGCCCCAACCUCUUCAAAUCCCUUCCGGAUCCUUCAUUAUACCUUCACAGCAAUCCACAGUGUGCUCCAUUAACUCUGAAACUGAUAGUAGAGAAGGUAUUGAAAUCAAAGCUUACAAUAGGACUCUGUCUGGAGGGCUUCAGAGUCCAAAGGCAGAUGUUUCUGAGAAAGCAAUUGAGGAAAGGAUCAAAUCGAAGAUGAAAUCCGGUUCAUACCAGCUCGGGCGUCAAGUCUCGGUUAAAUGGUGCACUGGUGCUGGCCCGAGAAUUGGGUGUGUGGCAGAUUAUCCAUUGGAGCUGAGGCUCCAGGCUUUGGAGCUGACGAAUCUCUCACCCAAGUGGUCUUCCACUCCAACACAAUGCUCUUGAAGGUAUGGCUCUUGUUUAUUACUGUGCUGUAUGAGCUCCUGAUUCAAAAAAAUUUAGUAUUUUAUAUCCUUAAUCCAAAUCUGGCAAUUUACUCGAGUUUGGAGUUGAAACUGCGGGUUACCAAGCAGGCAUCUCCGUACUGGGCAACAUGUAUAUAUAUGGUGGAAACUUUGAAAUAAUUUGGGUGAUUUAAAUUUGCUAUGGUA